AUGACUAGCUGUUCUGAGACUACGCUUGCCGAAUCCACAUUGAGGGGUCAACCACCAUGGACCGAUUUACUUGCGAUAAUAGGUCAGCAGCUACUGACGCAAGUCAAGACACUAGGGCCGGUGGACAAAGACACCAUCGUCACUAGGGCUAAUCUUGCGACACUUCUUUGGUUCAACGGGAAAUAUAGAGAAGCCCAUAGCUUGCAACGAGACGAAUUGGAGCUUUGCAUGAUGGAGUUUGGACAAGAGCAUCCUUCUACGUUGACAAGUAUCAAUAACUUAGCAUCCACACUAUGGAGUAUCGGAGAGUGGAGUGAGGCAGUCACCCAAUUUAAACUAGCUGUGCAGUUGCGCACAGCUCUGCUGGGACCUGAGCAUCCCUCUACCCUAACAAGCAUGAGCAAUUUGGCGGCGACAUAUCAGAGUUUGGGACGGUGGCCGAUAGCGAACGAAAUCUACCUUAAGUUGUCCGACCUUGAUGUGAGAGUCCUCGGCCCACAUCAUCCCUCCAUUCUGAUCCGUAUGUCCAACUGGGCGGUGCUCCUCUGGGAGACGAGAAGGUUCAGAGAGGCGGAAGAGCUUGAGACCAGGGUCUUGGAAGCCCGCCGGACUACUUUAGGCCGAGAGCAUCCUGAUACACUGGUAAGCGUCAAUAACUUGGCGUUGACUUUUCAGAGUCUAGGGAGGUGGCGAGACGCAGAGACCCUGGGUACAGAAGCAACGAUUUCAGCGCAGAAUCUUCUAGGCUCUGAACAUCCGUUUACGCUGACUAGUAUGGGAAAUCUCGCUGCCACAUUCCGGAACCAGAGCCGGCUAGAUGAAGCUGCGUCUUUGGAGGUACAGAUAAUGGAGGUACAGAAGAAAGUUCUCGGAAAUGACCAUCCAGAUACGAUUGCCACCAGAUGGAAUCUGGCUCAUACCUUGCGGAAGCAACAGCAAACUAAGGAGGCCUUAGAGCUGCUAGAAAGCUGCUUGGAAUCCCAGGCUCGACUUCUAGGUGAAGAACAUCCUCACACCAUGGCCAUGAGCAGGACCCUUAAUAAGUGGAAGGUGAAAAGGGGUUCAGAGUCGGGAAAGGAAUUCAAACAUCACCGGCCAAUUGCCGUUGCUAGGAAGGUAGCCAAGAAAAGGAAGUUAUAUGAUUCAGGUACUGAAGACUAA